CAAACCUGACACAUCUCAGGCUGAACAGGAACAGGAUCCAGACCAUCCACCCGGAUAGCUUCAGCUCCCAGAGGAGGCUGGCUGAUGUGGAUUUGUCUGGGAACAGGCUGAUGUGGAUGUCAGCGACGGUCUUCGGGUCACUCGUCUCUCUCAGGUCCAUCAGACUCGACGGGAACCCCUGGAACUGCUCGUGUGAUGCCAAGAACUUUGUUGACUCUGUGAAAGGUUCGUGAAAUGUCGGAAAACUCAUUUCAGCACAUUUAGAGAUCUAAAACUUUCUGUCUUCAGGAAUGAAGGACAGGAAUCUGCUGAAUGACUCGUUGGACGUGACCUGUGAGUCUCCACCAUCUUUGAAGGCUCGGCCUGUGUGGGGCGUCUCAGUAUGUCCGACAGCACCCUCUAAGGAGCCGCCUACACCCACUGGUUCGUCUCCUGCUCGGAUUGCUUCACCUUAACUUCUCUGCAUGAAUAAUUGGGCCAAGAGAUGUUUUUUAUUCCUGCAGCGAAGUCCGUGACAUCCCGUCCACUUCAGAAGGAAACCUCUGUCCAGUCCGGUUCCAGUCAUCCGCCUACGUUUUCCUCUGUCACUUGUAGAUCAGCUGUUUUCCGUUAGUUUGAGUUAUUUUGAGGGUAAUAAUUUCUGCAGCACGUCUCUUGUUCUUUUCAGCAACACUUCCUCCAUCCAAGACUUCUGUGGGAACCAAACCCAUGGAUGCUCCACCUUCCUUCACCGAAUUUUCAUCAGAUACCAAAUUCUCCACCAACUCCAACCCCACCAGCAAACCAGAAAGCCCACCAUGUCCAUCUCCAGAUCCAAAUCCCAACACUCUCACUGCUGUUCUCGUGCUCAUCUCUGUUCUGCUGUUCACGGCGUGUUUGUUGGUAGUGAUACAAAUCAGGAAAUGCAGAAGGCAAACGGUGAUGCCCGAAUGUCCAAAAAGAGAGCAGCAGGAGGAGCCGGAGGAGGACAGCAGAUCGAGUCGUGAUCAGUCUCUGAGCGGACCCCCAGAUGUGGCUCGCAGGAGAUCGUUUACUGGCGUCAGAGCAAAGUCGGCAAACGCUGUCAUCCUCACUUCUCCUUUCUGUGUGUCUGAGAAAGAUGAAGUGCAUUUCCAAAAGGAGAGCAAAGAGGUUUCAGAAAAUCCUGGAGAGAAGAAGCUGCUAGCUGAAAGUGGAGGAGGAAAUGAGUCGGACCGUUUCACAACCACAGAUGUGGGUUCAGAGGAUCAAAAACUUGAACACGAAAGUCUAAAUCUGCAUGAGAACCAGGAGGGCAUUAGUGCUGACUAUGUGCCAUAUCUGAGCAUCGGCACGGUCAAGAACAAACCCGGUCCUGGUGAGGCCACCUCAGGUCCAGAGGUGAAGAGGAAAGUUUUCAGGAGGAUCUCCACUUGGCCUCCUACUGCUGCUCAGUGGCAGGAAAGAUGUCAAAAGAAAGAAGAGGAUGAUGGCUUUGAUGUUUGGACACAAAAUAUAUCAGUGAAGCUCUCAGAUGACGUGGAGCGGAUCAAGAAGGAACAUCCCAGCAGCUCCAAUCAGUGUGAGAAAAGUCAAACUCAAAGGGAUGCUCACACCCCAAAACACUCUGAUGCUCUCACGCCUAGUGAGCCUUCUGUCAGCAAGCUAAAGGAGGGAGGAGAGAGCCUAGAUCCAGCUAAAAGCAUCGCAAUCGGCUGUAACGAAGAGUUCACUUCCAUGGAGCAUCCCGUACUGAACAGCAGCAUGAAGGCUGAUGUGAGAAUAGACCCGAUGCGAUGCGAGAACGCCAGGCCGAAGGCAGAAAACAGAGCUGCUGGCUCCAAGGCUCCUUCAGGCGGUGCCUCGCCUGAUGAUGAAACUCUGCUGUCAGGGAACGAAUACGUCUUCAUGGACCUGCUCCACGAGGUGGUUCAGAACCACGGCCGCUGGACUCGAGAGAGGUGGAAGCAGAUGCGUGUCAACAAGCAGCGGCGAUAGGAAAUGGGUUUAAACACUCUUUAAAGCCGAGUUAUCUAAAAGCUUUAGACAUGUGUAAAAAGUGAUGGUCUUACCCUGUUCUCUUAUAUAAUACAGAGAACAAGUCACUUUUAAUUAAGCCUGCACCCCCCAUCCCUUUGAGCCCCACCCAAUUCAAACCUAGCACCACUCAUCAUUAGCCAAUAGGAUUCGAC